AUGGGAAAGGAGGAGGUUAUUGAUGGGGUGGAGGGGGGAGCACCUGGAGACACCUGCCCUGCUGAGGAGAAAAUGGUGCGUGCCCCAAACUGCUCCCUCGCCAACGAUCAGUUCCCUCUGUCGUCGGAGAUCUUUCAAGUCAUCAAGGCCCAGCUCUGGAUUUUCUUAGUCCCAGUGUUCCUGGGCCUUGUGCAGGUCGGCCUCUUCCUGGAGCAGAUAGGCUUCUUCCUGUGCCAUGGCAACAGCUCCCACCGCACCACCCUUUUGCUUUGGAUCCUGGGGGUUUAUCCGGUCUUCAGCCUCACUUCCCUCAUCAGCUUGUUCAUCCCUCGAGCUUCCUUUGUCUGUAACUUUGUGGCCUCCAUCUACCAUUCCAUCACCUUCUGGAAAUUCCUUGCAUUGAUCCGAGAUUUCUUUGGCGGUUCAGAGAGAAUGUUCCGGCAACUGGAGGGGAAAUAUGUUUCUCCAAACCCUUUCCCCUGUUGCUGCUGCUGCUGCCUUCCUGAAAUCCCUGCCAAUCGAACAAACCUACGAUGUAUGACACUGGCUGUGUACCAACUCUCUCUCAUCCGGACCAUCCUCUUUUUCGUCACUCUUAUCCUCUGGACUGAUGAGAAAUAUGACUAUGGUGAUGUGGGCUACACCAGCCCCAACUCCUACAUCAACGCCAUCAUCGGCAUCUCCACCUUCCUCUCCUUCUACGGCUAUUUGCUCUUCUACAAGGCCACCAAGCCAGCACUCAGCGGCUACAACCUGCGCUCCAAAUUCGUCUGCAUCAUCUUGGGCCUGGUCCUCUGUGGCCUGCAGAGUGGGAUCCUGGAGACCAUGGGGGCAGUGGGGGCCAUCCCUUGCAGCCCCCCUCUCCCGCCCAUUACCCGCGCCCAAAUGAUCUUCUACUACUCGUUGGCUGUCGAGAUGUUCUUUAUUGGCCUAUUCGCCCAUUAUUCUUUCCGAAGAGCUGAACCACAACCGGACUCCCAGCAGGUCACACGCCAUCGGGCCUCCCAGACGGAGGGGGUCCCAUCUGGCCGCUGCAGCCCUGCGGAGGCCACCUCCAUGGAGGGAACAAACCUUGGCUACCUCUGUGACGAGUCUUCGUAUACGGUUGAGCACUCCCCACUGGACCGGUUUGAUUUCGUUGCUGGGCGACCUGCGGACAGACGGUGGGAACGCUGCAGCCAGAAAAUGGGAGCGCUAAGGGCGGAGGGACUCAAGGUGAGCUUGCCACAUCAAAGAGCUGGGCCUGAACCUGUUAGAAUCCAAGUUCAAGCCCAGGUUGCCAAAGUGGAUGACGAUGGCAUCACUGUUGUGUAACCCCAAUCUCCAGGGAACACACCAACGUCUGGAUUUGGAAGACAGAUAACAACAAGGCCUGUUGCCAUGAUGAACACUAGCUGAGAGGGAUGGCAAUGCAGAAAGCCAUAUUUCGGGAGAGUGGAGAGAGAAGAGAGCGGGUUUUGCCGUGAGAAACAGCAUUAUGGGGGAUUUCAGCCCAUCUCUAUAUCAAGUGUCGAUUGUGAUUUAAGAGGACAAUUAGUAAACUGUCUGAAGACAGAAUAACAACAAUAAAAAAGCAGGAAGUAUAUGCAGCGGGCGGAGCAGGAGGAGCG